GCACACGCGGAGCCAGGGCGGGCCCGCGCCGCUCGUUCCCGCCGCCGCCUCCUUCCCCGCGGCGCUGGCGCCCGGCCCGUCCUCCUGUGCUGGCGUGCGGGUGUCUUGGAGGACUUUGCUUUGCUGAGGGGUGUUUUGGUCACCAUGUGAGGCAUUCACGAGCCAUCUAGAAGCCUUUUCCACAUAAGUGCUCUGUAACCUGGGCUCCAUAAAUUUGGAUCUGAAGGUGCUAGCUCUGCUGACACAAAGGUGGCAGAUCCCAUUGCCAGGGAGGAAUCAGAGCUCUGCUCCACCAGCGGGGCAGAGUCCUCGGAGUGAAGAGCCUAUGUACUGAUACUGCUUUUGAGCAGACAAGAAAUAAGCCAUUCUUCUUGCUCCUCAGGGCUUUCUAUCCUACAUUGUGCCUUAAACAUGGAAACUGUAGAAAUGAAUAGUGUAUCCCUGAAACGUCCUCACUCUGGUGAUGAGGAUGGUGUGGCUAAUGCAGAUGAAAUUAAAAGACAGAAGAUCUCAGAGAAGCCUAAGACAGGGAACGACUCUGGGCAGAGCAUUGAGACUGUAACAGAACAACCUGACAAACCUCUGCUUGAGGACACAAAAAAUGAAAUAAUCCCCAACGAGGAAACUGAGGAGCAGGAAGAGGAGGAACUAGAGGACAGUGAUGAAGAUGGAGAUCCAGAGAGCUUUGCAGACAUGAUGAAGCAUGGACUGACGGAAAGUGAUGUUGGCAUAACUAAAUUUGUUAGCUCUCAUAAAGGGUUUUCUGGAAUCUUGAAAGAGAGAUACUCGGACUUUGUUGUCCAUGAAAUAGGCAAAGAUGGACGUGUGAGCCAUUUAGAUGACUUUACUGUUCCAGUGGAUGAUGAGGACCCAUCAGAAGAAACAUUUACAGUUUUGUCAGAUGAAGACAAGCAGCGUUUAGAGGAGCUCCAGCUUUUUAAGAAUAAGGAAACCAGCGUUGCCAUAGAGGUAAUUGAAGACACCAAAGAGAAAAGAACAGUUAUCCAUCAGGCUGUGAAGUCCUUGUUUCCUGGACUGGAGACUAAAACAGAAGAUCGAGAUGGAAAAAAAUACAUUAUUGCUUAUCAUGCUGCUGGGAAAAAAGCACUGGCAAAGGUCAGAACUGCAACAGAUCCAAGAAAACACUCUUGGCCAAAAUCUAGGGGAAGCUACUGCCACUUUGUCCUGUACAAGGAGAACAAGGAUACCAUGGAUGCCAUUAAUGUCCUAUCCAAAUUUUUAAGAGUGAAGCCAAACAUAUUUUCCUACAUGGGAACCAAGGAUAAAAGGGCUAUAACAGUUCAAGAGAUCGCUGUUCUCAGAAUCACUGCACAAAGACUUGCUCAUUUGAAUAAAUGUUUGAUGAACUUCAAAUUAGGAAACUUCAGUUACAAGAACCAUCCACUGAAAUUAGGAGAACUGCAAGGGAACCAUUUCACUGUUGUUCUCAGAAACAUAACAGGAACUGAUGACCAGAUAGAGCAAGCAAUGCACUCUCUCAGGGAAAUUGGAUUCAUUAAUUACUAUGGAAUGCAAAGAUUUGGAACCACAGCUGUUCCUACAUAUCAGAUUGGCAGAGCUAUUCUACAGAACAAUUGGAAUGAAGUAAUGGAUUUGAUACUAAAACCAAGACCAGGAGCUGAAAAGGGAUACUUAGUAAAAUGCAGAGAAGAAUGGGCAAAGACUAAAGAUCCAGCAUCAGCCCUCAAGAAACUACCCGUAAAAAGGUGCGUGGAAGGACAGCUUCUACGUGGACUCUUAAAGUAUGGAAUGAAGAACAUAAUCUCUGCAUUUGGCAUAAUACCAAGAAAUAAUCGCUUAAUGUAUAUUCAUAGCUACCAGAGUUAUGUGUGGAACAAUAUGGUGAGCAAGAGAAUAGAAGAAUACGGGCUUAGAGCUGUACCAGGAGAUCUCACGCUUAAAGGAGCCACAGCUGUUCAUAUUGAAGAAGGAGAGGUUGAUAACUACACUAUCCAUGAUGUAGUGAUGCCAUUGCCUGGAUUCGAUGUUAUUUAUCCAAAGCAUAAAAUUGGUGAGGCCUACAAGGAAAUGCUGGUAGCUGACAAUCUUGAUAUCAACAACAUGAGGCAUAAGAUCAGAGAUUAUUCCCUUUCUGGAGCAUACAGAAAGAUUAUCAUUCGACCUCAGAAUGUCAACUGGGAGGUCGUUGCCUAUGACGACCCCAGAAUCCCGUUAUUUACCACGGAUUUGGAUAAGCUGGAAGGAAAACCAUUACCAGUUCUUCCUACAGAUGGUAAAUUCAGGGCACUAAAGAUGGAGUUCUCCCUUCCCCCAUCCACUUACGCUACCAUGGCGAUCCGAGAAGUUCUGAAAAUGGACACAAGCAUAAAGAACCAGACACAACUGAAUACCACCUGGUUACGCUGAGCCAACUGCAGAGAUCACCGGGAUUUUAACAUACAGAAAAGUGUUUUCCUAUUAACAUGUCCUGCACAAAUCUUUAAAGAUUGGUAGUAAGAGAUUUGUAUUUUUUUAAGUUUUUAUUAGUGCUAGCAUUUCACUUCAGUAGUCAUUUGCAAGAUGGUGGCUGUAAUAUAAUAUAGAUUUUAGUGACUGGUGCUUUUAAUGAGUAAGUUGCUUGAGCUGUAACAUGGGUGCAUCUUUAAGAAAUAGGCUUUUAAUAGUUCCAGACCUGGAAGAAUGUUUAGCUUGCCUUUUUUUUGGCAAACACUGAAUGUUUUCAUGAGUUCAGCGCACCUUGGAGUCUCUUCAAAUACAUUAAAUGACAGCUUAGGAAAACAAGGUACAACAAAAUUCACAUAUCAAUGAGCAUUUGUAUCACAGGAGGUUUUGCUGGUAGCAUUUGCUAGAGAAUUCUGGUAGCAAGGCUUUGUGUGUGCUGUGAAGAUGUACAGCUGUUUUAACUAGUCCUUUUCCUUGAGAAAAUACUUGUGCGUAUUUUCCAGCUGUAUUUUACCUGUACCAGAGAACAGGUACUGAAAAUAAAUUCAGACAAAAGUCUUAA